CGCGCAACGGCGCCGGUAUCACGCUCCGACCUGUAGGGAAGCCCUUUGGCUUUUAGAAGACUGUGUGUCUCUCUCUAGCCCAGGGCGAGGUCCCUGGGCAGCUGGGAUGGUGAGACGGAGCUCUGGGGCAGGGAGCUCCUGUCCUGCAGGGCCAGACUGAGCUGGGGCCGGUCUCAGCACACACCCACAGCCCCACAGCCCAGAUACCAGCAACCGGAGGGAAGGCCAGGAGCUGCCCGCAGCCAUGUCAGCCCUCAGCCUGGUCAUUCUGGGCCUGCUCAUGGCCGUGCCACCCACCAGCUGCCAGCAAGGCCUGGGGAACCUGCAGCCCUGGAUGCAGGGCCUCAUCGCUAUGGCCGUGUUCCUGGUCCUCGUUGCAAUCGCCUUUGCUGUCAACCACUUCUGGUGCCAAGAAGAGCCGGAACCCGUGAACGUGGCCGUGACCGUUGGAAACAAGGAAGACGGGAUCCUGGCAGGAACGGAAGGAAAGUACUCCUCCAUGGCCAGCUUCAGGUCCAGUGAGCAUGAGAAUGCCUAUGAGAAUGUCCCCGAGGAGGAGGGCAGGGUCCGGAGUACCCCCAUGUGACCCCGCUUUCCCGUGGCCCCCAGCGCUGAUCCUGGGCUUCUGUAAUCAGUGCCACUCUUCUGAGCGGGAAUCUACAUUGAGGGGCCGAUUUUUUCAACCUCACACUGCACCACCCUCCCUUGAAUUGUCCCAGCCAAUGUCGGAACUCAGACUGUGUCUACCUGGGGCUCAGCUGGGGCUCGGCUGGGGCUCUGGGUCUUCUGGGAGGGUGUCUCCCACUCAAUUCAAAUCAGAAGACCCUUCUGAAGGAGAUAGCUCGGCACCUCCCAUCCUGCCUCACAUUCCCUCCCCUCACUGUGGACAUGGCCUUAUU